AUGCUAGUUGCGUUAGGCCAUCAUGCUUUACCAGGCCUUAAACCGAAAAAGGUGCCAGCGCAUAUAGCGAUUCUGGAUGUUGACCAUGAUCUGCUCACUCGUUUCAGCUCAUUUGACAAGCUCGUCGGGGUGACGCCUUGUAUCAGGCGUUUCAUUUUCAAUUGCAAGCGCGGUCCAGAGGCACGACGCGCUGGUCCGUUGACAGUUAGUGAACGUAGGGACGCUCUGUUAUUUUGGGUCCGCUCCGUUCAACGAAAUGAGUUCGCAGAGGACUUUCACCGUCUUCAAACAGAUAAACUUUUUACCGCUCGACUGCAGCGUCUUUCGCCAUUUAUGAAGGACGGUCUCUUGAGAGUCGUUGGUCGUCUCUCUCAUGCUUCGAUUAGGUAUGAUGCUCAACAUCCACUCAUACUGCCCAGCUCCAGCCCACUCGUAGACCUCAUCAUUGACCACUAUCACAAAAUAUACUGCCAUCCUGGCUCAGACACUCUACACGCCAUUCUACGCCAGCAAUUCUGGAUACUAUCCGCUCGCCGCGUGAUCAGACGCAGGGUGUUUAAAUGUAUAAGAUGUUUCCGAUGUCGCGCUCAACCCGAAGCCCCGUUAAUGGGUGACCUUCCCGCGGACAGGGUUAACCCUCAACCUGUAUUUAGCCAAGUCACGACUGACUUUGCCGGCCCGUUUCUCAUUAAAUCUAGCACAUUACGGAACGCUAAGCUCUUAAAAGCGUACUUUUGUAUAUUCGUGUGUCUCUCAACGAAGGCGGUUCAUUUAGAGGCCGUCUCUGCUCUUACCACAGAAGCCUUUCUCGCAGCGUUACAACGAUUUAUCUCAAGGCGCGGUACGCCGGUACUAAUUAGAUCAGAUUGCGGCACCAAUUAUGUAGGCUCCAGAAAUCACCUCAUAGAAGUUCAAAAUUUUCUCACUGCUAAUAAUGAUGCAAUCACACACAAACUAGCCAACCAGCACGUAACCUGGUUGUUGAACCCCCCAAAGGGGCCCUGGUUUGGCGCGUUACAUGAAAUUAAUAUUAAAUCUACGAAACAAUUACUUUAUCGGACCCGCUCCAAAUGGCUUCCCCCUUCCUCACCUCCCCAAGUUGGCGAGCUUGUACUCAUCAAAGAAGAUAACCUGCCCCCGCUCCAAUGGAAACUGGGAAGAAUUACCCGCACAAUACCUGGGAAGGAUGGAGUGAUCCGAGUUGUGGAUCUGGACACGGCCUACGGACAUCUGCGCAGACCUGUGCUCAAGAUAGCAAGGCUGCCGUUGGAUUCAGCCCAGGAAGAGGUGCUCUCUCGGGCCCCCCAGGAUGUUCGCGCCACUCGCGCGCGACGAUUGAUUCCCUGA